AUGCACAGUUUGAAACUGAUGAACGUUACACCUUUGGAAUCAGCCCUGAUGAUUUGGGAUUCAGUUGAAAAGGAACAUGACAAACUUCAUGAAGAAAUACAGAAUUUAAUUAAAAUACAGGCUAUAGCUGUUUGUAUGGAAAAUGGCAAUUUUAAGGAAGCAGAAGAAGUCUUUGAAAGAAUAUUUGAUGACCCGGAUUCUUACACGCCUUUAAAGAGGAAAUUGCUUGUGAUAAUCUCUCAGAAAGAUACAUACCAUUCCAUUUUUCAACACUUCAGCUUCAAUCACAUGAUGGAUAAAAUUAAGACUUAUGUGAACGAUGUAGUAAAUGAAAAGUCAUCAACCUUUCUCAUGAAGGCAGCAGCAAAAGUAGUAGAAAGUAAAAGAACAAGGACAAUAACUUCUGAAGACAAACCUAAUGGUAAUGAUACUGAAAUGGAAACUGAAGCUAAUUUGGAUAGAGGAAAAAGUGUGAAUGACACACAGUCUGCAGUAACUGAAUCCUCAGGGGGUACACUAUCCUUAUCAAGGUCUCACAAGAAUCUCUUCUUAUCUAAUUUGAAAUAUGGAAACCAGCAACAAGACCUUAAUAAGAAUAAAGAAAGAAUAGGAACUCUUCAAAGUAAAAGAAAGAUAGAGAGAAGAGUAACUGAAAGCAGGGUAUCACGUAUUUCAAAGAGUCAAGCAGUAACUCCUGAGAAACAUCAGUCUAGAAAAAAACAGGCAUGGCUUUGGGAAGAAGACAAGAAUUUGAGAUCUGGGGUGAAGAAAUAUGGAGAGGGAAAAUGGUCUAAAAUACUAUUACAUUAUAAAUUCAAAAAUCGCACAAGCGUUAUGUUAAAAGACAGAUGGAGGACUAUGAAGAAACUAAAACUGAUUAGCUCAGACAGUGAAGACUGACUAUGUUUCUAAAAGCUUGAU